AUGGAUACUCUGGACCCUCUGGAUACUCUGGAUACUCUGAACCCUCUGGAUACUCUGGACCCUCUGGAUACUCUGGACCCUCUGGAUACUCUGGACCCUCUAUCUAGACCCUCUGGAUACUCUGGACACUCUGGACCCUCUGGGCACUCUGGACCCUCUGGAUACUCUGAACCCUCUGGAUACUCUGGACCCUCUGGAUACUCUGGACCCUCUGGAUACUCUGGACCCUCUAGUCUAGACCUCCUGGAUCCCCUGGACCCUCUGGAUACUCUGGACCCUCUAGUCUAG